AUGAAAGAGUCGGUCCUCUUGCUUGCGUCGUUCGAGAAAACUAUGGACCAUCUGUUUGAAGCUGCUUUCUUUUCGCAGAAGGAUCCUAUUCAUGGCGUUUCGGAGUGUAUCAUUCUCGGUAUACCAAUAUCGAUAGGAACCGGUAUGUUCAAACUGCAUCAGAAGCUGCCGGAACCCUCUGAUUACAGCCCUGGAGAGCCUAUUUUCAUGAAACCCGAGUUUCGGUUAAAAGUGUAG